AUGAGUGUUGUGGAUAGCAUUAUCCAAAAGAAGGAGGCUGAGGGCAAAGUCAGCGUCCACCCUGAUGAUCCCAAUGUGUGUGUUGAUUUAGGGCAGAAAACGGAGGAGGAGUCAGCACUCACGACGACCGUCGCGAAUGUGAUGAAAGCUGCAGCUAAACUUCUCCAAGCCGCGGGCAAAAUGGAUGGCUUGAAUCUUGAGGAGGAUGGUGCCGCCAUGGGAAUCCCUCCUCCUCCUCCUCCACCUCCAGAAGGAGAUGCCACCUAUCGAAACCCAGCCAUUAGCAGCAUUGAAAUGGCUGCUACCGGUGAUGCUCAAGGAUCUUGGUCAGGCCAAGCUAUGGCCAGUGACACCUUGUCACUUGGUGCGACUCAACUUCAAGACACCUACCUGGAUGGAUACUUGGAGAAUGCCCGUCAGGCAGUGCAGCUCACGAAGCCCAAGGGUGGCCGGAAGAAGGCUCCAAGCCGGCGGCAGCUGUGGUUGACGCGAGCUCUGGAACUUCCACUAAGGUUGAAGGUCAACAUUACAAGACAUCCAGUACGGUUCUGGAGUCACAAAGAGUCGAAAGUGGAGUGGAUGGAUUUGCCAAUGCUCCUUCCGGAAGAUCUGUUGCAAGCUUUCUGGCGCCGAGGUUUUCCGGUGCUGCAGUCUAAAGCGCAGGCCAGCAAAGCCUUGACUAAAUGGCUUGAAGUGAGAGCCCUUCAACAUGCGAGCCGUGCUGAUGCCAGCGAAGCUGACCGGGUGAUGUGUAUUUGCAUUUGUUCGUACUCUGCGAUGAUCAGAUUGAUGAAGCAUGCUGACCACAUCUUCACACAGCAGCAGGCACUGACCUUUAAAGACCUGGUGUUGCGACACCUGAAUUCCUACACCUGGCUACAUAAGAGAGGCAUGGAGAUUCGCAAUAAGCAUGAACCAGGCAAGCACUGCUACAUCUUGAUGCCUAAAAUGCAUCAUUUGUAUCACUUGGCAAUGGACACAGCUUUGCACAGACUCAAUCCUGUGUCCCACCAGCUCAUGAGUGCAGAAUCCUUUAUAGGAAUCGUCGGUAGGAUCAGUAGAGCCUGCCACCGUUCAUCCCUGUCGCUUAGAACGUUGGAGCGGUACUUGUGCAAGCUGUAUAUAAAAAUCAAAGAUUUGGAAGCUGGCUAA